AUGGCCCUUGACCUAUGGGAUCUCACACUUGAGCAACAGCAUAUAACAGCUGUGAAGGGCAUUGUGCCCACGUUGCAAAACAAGGUUGCUACAGUUAAUCUCGAUUGUCGUCUUGACCUGAAGACCAUUGCAUUGCACGCCCAGAAUGCAGAAUAUAACCCCAAGCAUUUUGCAGCUCUUGGCUUCGGUGCCAAGUUUGCCAAGUUCAAGAUUCAAGACAUCGUCGAAAGCUGUGACGUGAAGUUCCCCAUUCGCUUGGAGGGUCUUGCUUAUAGCCACGGACAGCUCAGCAGUUACGAGCCUGAGUUGUUCCCUGGCCUCAUCUAUCACAUGCUCAAGCUGAGCAUCGUGUUAUUGAUCUUUGUGUCGGGGAAGAUAGUGUUGACUGAUAUUUGUACUGCAUUCAACACCAUCUAUACGGUGCUGUGUGAGUUCAGGAAACCUUGA